AUGAACUGUAGACGGCGCACAGACUGCCUCUCAAGGCCUCUGUCAGGCCUCUUUGAGAAGUUGGGAUCACUUGUCGGCUCUUAUCCGUUAUUUUUCUUUGUAAUUCCUCUCAUACUAACGGCAGCGCUCGGUGGAGGCCUCACUUUUCUCAAAGACAACGAGGAUAAUGAUCUCGAACGGCAGUACACGCCCAAGAAAGGACCCUCAAAGGUUACCAGAGCUUUGGUGAAGGAAAACUUCCCCUUCAACGAUUCGAUGUUUUCAGAGGACAGGCUCUACGACCAGGGCAUCUUCGCAUCUCUCAUCGCUCAGGCAGAAAAUGACGAGAAUAUACUGGAAAAUGGAGCUUUUAAGGACCUCAUCAGACUCAACAGAGAGGUCCUCGAUAUCACCGUGUACAACGGGACUCUGGGAUUCAAACAGCUGUGCGCCAAAGCGAAUAGCGACUGUGUCUCAAACACGAUACUGGAAAUCUUCAGCUCCAAAAAUCGAACCGGCCUCGUGUUCCCUUUCCACCCAUCCUCAUCAGGUCCGGUGUUUCUGGGCUCUGUGUUAGGCGGGGUGGUGAUGAAGGAAAACGGCUCGGUCAUCAGCGCUCGGGCUGUAAAACUCUUCUACUAUUUAGAAGAUAAGGAGGACACAGCUGAUGCUGCGAGGUCAUGGCUGAGGGGGUUUAAAAGCCUCUUAUCAAAGUGGACGCACAGCAGAUACAUUAAGGUACGUUUUUCUCUUUCUACUGUGAGUUUUAAUAGACUUAGAUCUGAUUUCUUCAGGAUUAGUUUGUUUAUUUGGCAGGAUAAUGAACUUUUUCUUGCAGAUAAUUCAUUAAUAAAAGUUUUUUUUUUAUACUUUAAAGUCACAGGAACAAAUGUCCUCUUUACUCUACAUAUCCACAUGUAUUUUUCAGUUUCAUCUCUUCAGUUUUGCCUCUCACUCUCUUUCACCUCUUUCCUUCUAAAUCCACCAUCAGGUCCUCCUAAUAAAGGAGUAGGCGCCCCACAAAUGCAGAUAUAUUUCUAAACAUGUUAGUCACAGCCUGUCUGCCCCCACUCUGUCUUUACUCUGGCAAGGUUGCAGAGGCACGGCUUUGUCCUGAAAAUCCAAGCUUCGCCAUCAUCAUCACGCAGCUCUCACUGCUGUCGUGACGUCUUUGUGUAAACAUUUCUGUCUCACGUUGGCUUCGUUCUGCUGUCCUCUCUCUGCCGUAGGUGUCUUACUACACCUCCAAAUCCAAGCAGGAGGAGAUUGACAGUCACACCACAGAUGGCGCCCCUUUAUUCCUCAUCACUUAUGCCUGCGCGAUCACCUUCUCCGUGAUAUCCUGCCUGAGGUAAGACGUGAUCAGUGACUGUCAUACACUGAGUGAUUUCCUGAAUGCACGUCAGGUACGAGACGCAAGCAGAGCCGUCGUUUAUCAAAGUGACAGACACAGGAGGGACACCGGCAGGUUACAUGAAGUCUCUAUAACAAUUAUAGCAUCACCAGAUCACUGCAGUGUGACACUAUUCCACUUUUCGUUCAGUGCUUUAUGGUUAUUUUCAACUAAGAGUAAAAGUUCAAUUUUCAUUUUUAAUUUUUGUAUUUUAACUCUACGUGGGUCGUAAGUAGAAAGGUAAGGAGGCCCAGAAGGGACAUGGAUGAAAAAAGAAAAUAAAAAGAAUUUUCACAGUCAUUCUUUUGCAGGAUCUGGCAAUUUUAUUGUGAGGUCUUGCAAAUGUUGUGCCAAGAGUUGUUGGUCAGUGUAUUACUUCUGUGUUAAUUCAACAAGAAUACUGGACUGACGCAACCAAUGGGAAAGGUUCGUUGAAUUUUAUUUUGAACUCAUUUUCUUCCCACCAUGUCUCUUUGCAUUCACAUAAUGUCCUCGUUCAGGAUGUCUCUUGACCGUAGGAAUUCUUUCAAAUUAUCCUCCGUGACUAGCGUUGCGUCAGAGAACUGAUUUAAUGUUUGUUUAUCUGAGGCCAAUCUCAAAAAAGAUGCGAUGAACCUCUCCCACAGGUGUGUGCGUUCCAUCAUUUGGGUUGACUCGACAAGGAAGAAAUACACUGAUCUAUAAUCUUUGACAAAUUUAUGAGAUCUCGCAAUAGUUUUUCGAGAGCACGCAAAAGAUUUCGGGAAAAUCUGUUAUUUUUUUUUUUCUAUCACAUCUGUUCAGGAGCUCCGUAGAAAGGUUAAACUAAAGAAACACCUGAGACGAAACAUUUCCACAAAAACAUCAUAAACUACAGAAUCAAAACAUCAAAAUGAGCAAUAACUUGCUGGAAACUUAUUUUUACGACACUUUAAACUUUAUUGCUUGAAUAAAAACACGCUCGUUUCAACGCUGGGAAUCCAGUUUAUGGUGUAAACACACAUUUGCAAUCUUUAUAAAUCUGACAGGAAACAGAAAAAUCCUGCUUCCUUAACUUUGAUGGUAAAAUAGUUACUGUUAGCUUGUUAGCGAACUUUAAGCUAAUGUAAGGCUAGCUAUGGUCUAAAUUUGUCAUGAGGUAUUCAUUGUUUUAAUAAGAGUUUUGUUUUAAAGAUAUUGAGGUUAGGAGUUUUUCAGAAUAACCAAUGAAACCAAUAAGAUAUGUCACCAAAACUAUGUCCACGUUUUAUACAGUCGAAGGUCAAAAAGACAAACGCCACUCCCUGAAACUUUCCGAAACUUUUUUACCUUUUCAUCCGACCUUCAUUCGUACUCAACACGACAAAAUGGCCAUCUUCAGUUACCUUCAUGUAGAACUUCUAGUCAUCAGUCUAACAUCACUUUUAGAGGUCCGAAACUGUGGAAUAAUCUUGAUGCAUCUCUAAAAUCAAUAUCAUCCUUUAACUCCUUUAAAAUAUCAUUAAAAUCUCAUCUGAUCAUGUCUUAAAUACAUCAUUAUCUGUUAUGAUCAUAUCUCUUUCCUUUUUAUAAAUACUUUAUUUUCUUUAUCACUGUUUGCUGAUUUGUCUGUGUUCCAGUCUGUGUACUUAGUUGUCUGCACCUUAUGUUUUCUCUGACCUGACGGGAGUGGAACUCUGUAUAAGCCCAUCGGCUUCGUUCCCUCCUUGCACUGUUUUUAAUCUGUGCUAAAUAAACAAAAUACAAAUACAAAAUACAAAUGUGUGUGAUGAUUUUAUUGCACAGAAUAAUCCACUUACGUUGUUAUCUUAUCAGCUGCAUGAUUUGAUAAAUAAUCAUGUUUUUUUUUCCUCCUGUCAGAUUGGACAAUGUGAGGAACAAAGUGUGGGUGGCUGUCUUUGGCGUCUUCUCCUCUGGUCUGGCUAUCAUAUCCUCCUUUGGCCUGCUGCUUUACAUCGGAGUGCCGUUUGUUAUUACGGUUGCAAAUUCUCCUUUCCUGAUACUCGGUGAGAAAAAUCUUUGUCUAAAAACCAAAAUCUACAGAAAUUUUGUAGAACUAGCUGCAUAUAUUUCAAGGCAGAUCAGAUUGUAGUGGUUUGAGGAUGAUAGAACUUUGAUGAUAGAUGUUUUUUCACAUUGAACUUUUGUUAAUUUUUCAGGGAUUGGACUCAACAACAUGUUUGUACUAAUAUCCGACUGGCAGCACACCAAAGUCAAAGACUCAGUUCCUCACCGGAUGGCUCACUCUUACAAAGAAGCCGUCAUGUCCAUCACCAUCACCGCCUUGGUUGACCUCCUCAAGUUCUCCAUCGGCGUCACCUCCGACUUCCCGGCGGUGCAGUCCUUCUGCAUUUACACCAGCGCCUCCAUCGUCUUCUGCUACUUCUACACAAUCACCUUCUUCGGCUCCUUCUUGGCUCUGAACGGGAAGCGAGAAGCAGACAACCGGCACUGGCUGACCUGCAUAAAAGUACCCUCAGACAAACUCAAUGAUCACUCUGAUACGUAUAACAUCUGCUGUGUGGGAGGCCGCUAUGAUCCCGACACUGGAGCGGAGAAAAAACAGCCAGCGAGUAAUUUCUUUAAGGAUUACUACGGCCCGUUUUUGAUCAAACCCUGGGUCAAGGGAGCGGUAAUCUUACUCUUUGUAGGAUAUUUAUCUGUAAGUAUUUAUGGCUGUUUCCAUGUACAACAGGGGAUUGAGCUCUAUGAUCUAGCAUCUGAUGACUCUCACGUUACCUCAUAUAUCAGGAAGGAAAGGGAGUUUUUCUCUGCUUAUGGUCCGACAGUGAUGGUUAUUGUAGGUGAGGAAUUCCCAUACUGGGAUGAAGCAAAGAGGCGACAACUUGAGGGAUGCAUCGAGGACUUUAAAGAGCUCGAGUUUGUAGAUAAAGAGAUCUUUACAUCCUGGCUCGACUCUUAUUACUCAUACGGAGAUGAGUCGCAUCUAAACCUGGAUGAAAAAGAGCUCUUUCUUAAAAAUCUCUCAAAUUUCUUCGAUUUGAAUCCGUUUUUCAAGCAAGACGUGAACCUCACUGGUGAUGCCAUCUAUGCGUCCCGCUUCUUCAUCCAGACUGUGAAUAUUUCUGACGGCACCGAAGAGAUGGAAAUGCUUCACGGUCUCACAGACACCGCAGAAAAAUGCAGCGCAGCAUCUUUGCAAGUCUACAACCAGAAAUUCAUCUUCUACGACCAGUAUGACGUAGUGGUCUACAGCACGAUUAAAAACGUGGCCGUGAUCACGGCCGUGAUGCUGGUGGUCUCUCUCCUCUUGAUCCCAGACCCCCUCUGCUCAUUGUGGGUCACUUUUUCCAUCGGCUCGGUGACAGUGGGGGUCACCGGUAUGAUGUGGCUGUGGGACGUCAAUCUCGAUUCUAUAUCCAUGAUCAUAUUCACAGUCUGCAUCGGCUUCACUGUCGAUUUCUCGGCUCACGUGUCCUACGCCUUCGUCUCCAGUGAGAAAACCUCUCCCAAUGACAAGGCCGUGGACGCGCUCUCUAAUUUAGGUUAUCCCAUUCUGCAGGGGGCUCUGUCGACGAUCUUAGGCGUGUCCGUGUUGGCCACAUCUGAAUUUAACACGUUCAGAACCUUCUCGAAAAUCUUCUUCUUGGUCAUGUCUCUCGGGAUGCUGCACGGCCUCAUUUUCAUUCCAGUCAUUCUCACACUUUUCACAACCCGAUCACAUGAAAAGAAAGAGGAAAACGUAGAAAAGGUUUACCAAGUCAGCAAAUUUUGA